UUGUUGUAAAACACCGGCGCUCUGCGGUAGAAAGGAGUUGGCUCUGAAUGCUGACUCGCCUUGGGCCCACUCGUCUGGGCUACAGGAUUUCCUUCGCUGAGGCUCACGGACACAUGUGGAGUUUAAGAACACUAUGGCAUUCAUCAGAGUGUAUCACUGAAGAAUAUGAUGGCUGAAAACAAUUUUAAAAUGCUAAAGAUUCAACAAUGUGUGGUAACUAACAAAAUACCUAGAAACAGGCCAUAUAUUUGCAAUAUUUGCUUCAAACACUUUGAAACACCAUCAAAAUUAGCUAGACAUUAUCUGAUUCAUACUGGUCAAAAGCCAUUUGAAUGUGAUGUGUGUCAUAAAACCUUCAGACAACUAGUUCAUCUGGAGAGGCAUCAGCUAACUCAUAAUCUGCCUUUUAAAUGCAAUAUUUGUCAGCGCCACUUUAAAAACCUGAAGACUUUUGUGAAACACCAACAACUUCACAAUGAAACCUAUCAGAGUGAUGUUAAGCAGGUUAGAAGAUUGCUGGAGGCCAAGCAAGAAAAGCCAGUGUAUGGAGUGUAUAAUACUUUCACCACAGAGGAGAAAUGGGCAUUACAUCCAUGCUCUAAGUCUGAUCCCACAUACAGCACCACGAAGAGAAGAAAGAAUAUUCAUGCAUGUACAAUCUGUGGCAAGAUGUUUCCAUCACAAUCAAAACUUGAUAGGCAUGCACUUAUUCAUACUGGUCAGAGGCCUUUUAAAUGUGUCCUGUGCAGUAAAUCUUUCCGGCAGUCAACUCAUUUAAAAAUCCACCAACUCACACAUUCAGAAGAAAGACCUUUUCAGUGUUGUUUUUGUCAAAAAGGAUUUAAGAUUCAAAGCAAACUUCUGAAGCAUAAACAAAUCCAUAUGAGGAAUCAGACUUUUCAGACUCUUUCAUUAAAGAUGAAGAAUUCAGAAUCAUGCCCCCUGCCUAAUAAAUUAAAUGCAAAACAGGAUGGUUUUGAAAAUGGUGAUAUGGGUGAAUCUGAAGAGAAUAAUCCACUUGAUGUCCACUCUAUUUAUAUCGUUCCUUUUCAGUGUCCAGAGUGUGAAGAGUGUUUCGAAUCAGAGCAGAUUCUCAAUGGACAUAAGUGUUUCUCUGCCAGAGGUGGCAAAAUUCCAGGCAGGCUCAAAAGAAGCUACAACUAUAAAACCAUUGUUAAAAAAAUUUUGGCCAAGCUUAAACGUGCUGGGGGUAAAAAUUUAGAAAAUUUCCAGUCAGAGAAAAAAAUAUUUAAAAGCAAUUUCUUGAAAAACUAUGAUUUUCUUUCUUGUGAACAGAACUCUGAACAUAACCAGAAAACAUUAAUGGGAUCUCUUGGCAAACAUGGGACAUAUAAGACAGUUGGCAAUAAAAAGAAGAAAACAUUAACUUUACCGUUCUCUUGGCAAAAGCAAUUCCAGAGCCAAAAUAUGGGGAAAAAUUUGAAAAGUUUUCUUACAACAGAAAACAUAUUACCUAUGGAUAAUUCAAUGAAUGAUAAAGACUUAGCAAACUGUGGUUCACCAGGUGAAGAAUUCUUUAAUAACCAUGAAGUGCUUCAGUGUGAUUUUUCAAUUCCAGGUGAAAACAUACACACUGGACAUAAAAUGUGUCCUUGUGACAAAUGCGAGAAAGUAUUUCCUUCCGUAUCCAAACUACAAAGACACUAUUUAAUUCAUACUGGACAGAGACCUUUUGGCUGUAAUGUUUGUGGGAAAUCUUUUAGACAGUCAGCCCACUUAAAAAGACAUAAACUAACUCAUAUUGAAAAGAUUCCUUAUAGAAGAUCUCUUUGCCAAGUAGAAUUUGGAAAUUUGAACAAACUUUUCCUUCAUCCAGGUGAUAAUGUUAAGUGUAAUACUCUACAACAGUGUCAGGCUCUUGGUUUUCAAAAAUAUGAGGUUUCAGAGUCAGAUGAAAUAGCAGUUAAGGCAGAAUCGGAGGAUUUCAUUCUAGAUCCCCAGUGCAGGAACAAGCAGCUCCAUCUCUCUGAUGCACUUUUGGAAUUAGAGCAGACCCAUCAUUCAGAGCGUCCUGAGAGAAAUGAUGGCCUCCUUUACCAAUGCAGUGUUUGUUCUAAAAGUUUCCGAUCUCCAUCUAAACUGGAAAGACACUAUCUAAUUCAUGCAGGGCAGAAACCAUUUGAAUGCUCAGUUUGUGGCAAAACCUUCAGACAGGCUCCUCACUGGAAGAGACAUCAACUUACUCACUUUAAAGAAUGAUCACAGGAGAAAGUAGUAGUUAUAUAAUUUCACAACCAUUAACUCAUUUAUUGUCUCUGUUGAUCUUCUAUCAUUUAAAAUGCAUUCUUUUUACCAAAGUCUGCAUUAGGCUGAAUGAUUUAAUAGGCAGCUGCUUGUUCUUUCAUGAUAAGGAAGUAAGAUAUGUAGAAAAUAAAGUUUUAGGAACAAAUUAAUUUUGGAUGGAAAAACAUGAUAUGAUACCAUAAGAAACAGUUAUGUUAAUAUAAACAUACAUUUUGUAUUGAAAAUUGUAAAUCCAUGUUGUAUAAAUAAUUUGGCCUCAGUUUUUUAAGGAAUUAUUCCCUAAGACAUGCCAUCUUUUGAAUAUGUAUACUCAAAAGAUGUACAGGCAAACACUUACAGCAUAGGCCCACUAUGUUUGUAUUUCAUGUAUUUUACAUUUCGUAUGAAAGCAUAUUUCUGUUUGCCUUUGGCUCAAAUUGCAGGCAAAAUUUUUUUCUUGUAAGUUAAAAAAUACAGAGUUAAUGAAAAUGGUUGAGAAAAUUUAGCGUUUUUUCAUUGGUUUUUCAAAGCUAUUUAUUCUUAGGACUGUGGUAAUUUCACAUCCUUUUCCUCAGGUACUGAUUAUUUUUUUGCCCAAGCUGCUGUUCUCUUUCUCAAAAGAAUGUAAAAGUAGCAGAGAGGCUAGUAUGCACCCAAACACAUUCACCAUGUUUACUUAUCAGAAAUAUUUUGCAAGUGCCAUAAUCUUUUUGAUAAUAUGUAAGCAGUUUCACCUUCAGAGGAAUAAAUGCAGUUCAUCUAUUUGCUUGUUAAUGGUUGACAGCAUGGUUGUCCUAAACUGAAGACUAUCACCUGGAGAUCUGUAUUCCCAUGAAAAAGUUUCACACUUACUUUUGUAAGCUUUCUUUUAGUGCCUGUUUGACUGGUCCUGUUAUUUUACUAAGCCUGUGUACUAAGUUUGAUCAAAUAGCAGUGAGUAAAUCUAGUUUUAGUUUUUAACAGCUAUUGUUUUGAUCUUUAUUAAUUGUCAUUAUAAUUAAUAAGGCGAUCAUCCCUAUAUAGGAAUAAGAUGCUUGUGGAAUUAAAGGUACCACUUUUGAAAAACAGAACUCUCCUGAUUCAGGAAUUAAGCCUUUUAAUCCUAAACUAUAAAAUACUUAUUUAAUAAUAACAAAUUGUCCUUCAUGUUUGUUAUUGUUUGUAAGAUCUUUAAUGACAUUUUUUAGCAAUAAAGGAAAUUAACCACUAUGUUUCCAAAGUGAAAAGAACAAGUGGGCAUUUAUCCUAGUGCACUUAAGUAUGAUGAAAAUCCCUCUACUGAGACUGUAGAUAAAUGAAUAAUUAUAAGUUUUGCAUCAUAUUUUAAGAACUGUCUUGUGGUAAUGGGGGCAGUGGGGGAGAACAGGGAGGGGAUUUGGUCUGCUUGCCUCUUUCACCAAAAGUUAAUUUUAGGUAACUUGUGUUUAGUUUACAGAGCAAAACAGUGUGAGUAAAAUAACCAAUGAUGUACAGUUGUGCCUGUUUUUUAAAUAGAGACAUCUAACUACAUCAGAUGCUUUAAAGAACAGUUAUUUCUAUUAGGUUUCCUUGAGAUACUUUUCUUCAGUACAAGCAAGAGAAUAUUUACAGAAUUUGAUUUAAACAGAACUUUCGAAGACAUCUUCUAUAUAAAAGCAAAGAAUAACUAGUAACUAGUUCAUAUUUUCCAAGAAUAGAAGUUCAAGAGUUUUUCUCCUAACAUGUCUAACAUUAUGGAUUUUGACAUUUCCCUAAAUCGUUUCUAUAAUUGUAUCUAGAAGGAAAUGUCUUACAUACUCCUUUCCCAACCUAACAGGGAGAGUUCAGGAAGUGUUGUGCUUGUAUGACUAUGAGACUUGAUUUGUCUAAGUGAUACAAUUUUUUUUGGCCCAUGCCUUUUUAAGCUGUUUCAUAUUGAAAGUUGGAAUACUGUAAAAAUUUUGUCAAAGAUGUACUGUAGUGCUAUUUGAAGUACCCGAAGCAGAAUACUUACUUACCUUUGUUAUUGCAAGUUUAUUAUGGAAACUUUAUAGUAAUGAAAAUAAUGUGUACUUCCAUGUUAAAAAGAUUAAAUGAAUGUUAAGUGAUGGUUUGCUGCAUGUUAAAACUGUUAGUAUUGUUGAAUCAAUUGCUUUUUUGAAAAAUAAAGUUUAUAUCUUUAA